AUGGCCACUUGGGCAUACCCACCCCUACCUGCGGAGCACUUGGACCGGGAAGCUGACAGCGCAUUGGCCAGAGAACUCGAAUGGCUAUUGCGCUCUCUGCAAGACUCCCUCACGUCCCUUAGGGAGGGCCUCCGCGAGUGCGCUGUACUUCUUGCGCCAAAGGAGCCUGGUUCAACCUUAGUCCUAUCCUCGCUUAGAUCGGAGCACGUAAAAGGUUUUGUGACUCGCGUAGGCACCAAGAUUGUGAAAGGUGAUAUUCAAUUGCGACUCAACUCCCUUGCUUCCCCUCGUGGAUCAGGCAACACCCGACUAUGCCUCUCAAGCUCUCCUACCGCCCCGGAACUCGUGCUUCACCAACUCGUGUCCGUGAGAAACUUGGUUAACCAAAGUCUUGAUAUCGUCGAUGUGAGCGCAUGGACCGGCGAUCCCCUCAACGCCAAUUUCAUCUUCAGUCAAUUGCACCUCCUACAUGAAACUAUAUCCGAGGCACGGCAAUUACUGAAAGGAGAAAAUGAUAAUACUCGAGGCAAAUGGUGGGACACCAGCGCGGAGGAGGAGAUGUUUGAUCCUCCGUUACCACCAUACCUGUCUUUCCAACUAUUGAUCGCCGACUCUGCUCUUGUGCUGUACCUGAGAACUUUAGAGUCUGCUACGCCCACACAUACUCCAACAGCCUUCGCAACUGAUAUCUCUCUGACGGGGUUCAACUUGCGAGACCGAUUAUUCGGGACGCGGCAUCGUGCGCACGAUGAGGCUGGCGACGUGUUUACUUGGAAGGGCGAAGAAGUGAAGCAUCAAGAAACAGGUCGUUGGAAGCUAGGGAGGAGAUAUGCAUCAAGCGCUUCAUCUGAAACUGCGGAUAAGCACGCGGAUCGGAAAGAUGCCAUAUACGGUGUCAUCGACAAGAUCAACGAAAACGAAGUCGAACUUGCCGAACUUAUGGACGAGUUGAACUUGCUGGACGAUUAUCACGGUGCGAUUAACUUUGAUGGACCGGACUAUGACGAUGCGGUCAGUCAGACGAUUGGACAGCGAGACCACCAAAUGUUGGAAGCCCGCGUACGGAUGGCGAGACAGCAGUUCGGAGACGUUCUCCCUGAUGGAUACUUGAAUGCGACCGAGACUGAACUGUAUACUCAACUCUAUGGGGAGCCCAUCAUCCGUCACGAGGAGCCUGAAGGUGCAUUGAACAUCGAGGAAACAGAGUCCGAUACACUGCUUCGCGAAGAUGGUAAGGGGGGAUGGGAAGAAGUGCAAUAUGAACGUUUUGAAUCCGAUGCUGAGGUGCCCUUGGUUUAUGAUAUGGAAGUCGGCCCGCUGGAGGAUGAAUCUGCUGCCAUGCAGCGGACCCGGGAAGUGGCUGAACAAUUGGGUGGAGAGGUCAUGCUCGAGCAGUUUGAGGAUGAAGCAAACCCAGAUUCGACGCCACGUCUGCAUCCUCUAACUGUGGAGGGCAAGUUUUCGACUGAUCCUAGCACGGUUUUCCUUCCCAAAGAUACUGUGACGGGACCUAUAUCCGUCAUUCUUUCCGACUACUCGAACAAACACAUUGCGGACGUCGCGCAUCGUGUCUUCGGUGGCACACGAGUCCCAUACUCCACUACCACUCCUCCUCCGCGCGCCCAGAUGCCGCAACUACCGAUACCGCUGGAAGCUUCCCAGCGCCAUAUGAGUGAGAUGGAGGCAAACGCAUACAUUGCUACGCUGUACCCCGGAAUGUACGCGUCGGUUUUGAGUGUAUUGACAGAAGUCAGGAAGCGUCUAGGAUCAGACUGGAUUCGUCAGUUGUUAACGCAAGAGGGUGGUCCGCAUGUGCUUGAUGCUAGUGCUGGAGGUGCAGGUGUUUUAGCCUGGAGAGACGUCCUGCGUGCCGAAUGGGAGUUGAUGGUCCCGGACCAUCCCCAGUCGAGCCCAUAUCCUGUAGGCAGGUCGACGGUGGUGACAGGAUCAGAAACUCUACGGCUGCGUGCUAGUUUGAUGCUGGAGAACACCUCAUUUUUGCCACGACUACCUGACUACGUUCAUAUUCGGGAGAAGCCUACUCUGGAUGACCAGCGCGCUCCUCCCAAACGCAAGCAGUACGAUGUUAUCAUCGCUCCACAUUCGUUGUUGGGCAUUGAAGAAGAGUACAUGCGGAAAGAGCAUGUUGAGAAUCUCUGGAAUCUUCUCAACCCUAACGGAGGUGUGCUCAUCCUCCUUGAGAAGGGUCAUCAGAAGGGCUUUGAGGCUAUUGCUGGGGCCCGUGACAUGCUCCUCAAGCGCCAUAUCUCGAGUCCUGGCUCAGUCCAAUAUGAAGACUUUUUGCAGUCCCCCGGGGGUGGAAAAUACGUGAACAAAGAGGCUGGAAUGAUAAUUGCUCCCUGCACGAACCAUGAAAAAUGCCCCAUGUUCAAUGUGGCUGGCCAUUCCAAGGGUCGCAAGGACUACUGUCAUUUCGAGCAACGAUACAUUCGCCCACCCUUCCUCCAGCGUAUCCUAGGCAUCAAGGACCGGAACCAUGAAGAUGUGAAAUUCAGUUAUGUUGCUGUCCAACGCGGUGUCGACCGACGCGAAAAGGACGGCAUCGUCCAAGGGGCUGCAGCGACCGACGCGGCCUUCGUGGGAUAUGAACACCUACAUGACUCUCCUGCAGAGCAGUCUGAGGCUACGGAAGAGCCCACGUCUACUACAGCUGAAGGAAGCGAAAGGCCAUCCGCGGAGGGAGCUGAACAAUUUCACGCACUGACGCUCCCUCGCAUUGUGUACCCACCUAUGAAACGUCGUGGCCAUGUCAUCUUCGACCUCUGCACUUCCGCUGGAAAGAUCGAACGCUGGACUGUUCCUCGGUCUUACAGUCGCCGGGCAUUUAAGGAUGCACGCAAGGCGCAGUGGGGUGAUCUGUGGGCGCUUGGUGCGAAGACUCGUAUUCCGCGCUCCCUGAGGCUCGGCGAUAAGCAUGGCGAGGGAAAGAAAGAGCGUCUCGCGCGGAGAGCUGUUGAACGAGCCGAGAUGAACGAAACAGAGGAGAUGCAGCUCGAGGAGGCUGGCUCCGCUUGGCCUGAUCUGCCCGUCCCCAAACGGAAGAAAGGUCAGAAUAUCCCAAGCUGGAAGAAGCAUGCGGAUAAAAAGAAGCUACGACAGGCUACAAAGAAGCAUGCAGCUGCACAAUUAGCACACGAUGACUCUUUGGCCUAG